CAUCGCAGUCAGUUAGUGUUUCGUUAUUCGAUGUCAGCGGAGAGAUACAAGUGGAAAAAGACAAACAAAGAGCAUGGAAAAAGCCUUACAUGAUGUCGCCUUCGAAGCAAAACCGACAUGCAAAAUUGAUUUCGUGAUUUGCAGAAGCUCUUUACUUUGGUGAAGGUUGCGUACGCUAUGCUGGUGAUCAUUCUCCUUUUGAUGAUGUGGGCAUCUGUGGCGCGGAUGCAUGAACUACCGGUCCAAUAUCCACCGUGUUUCUUUAAUCCGCUCUGCACCUGUUCGAAAGCUAUACCAGAUCUUGGCAUAGUGGCGUGUUACAAUGUGCCGAUGCCGCGAAUACCGCAGCCGAUUAAUUCAUCCAAAGUAUUCAUGCUGCAAUUGGAGAACAAUGGGUUAAGAUUUCUACAGCCACGGUAUCUUAUGAACACUGGUCUUUACAAACUACAGAUUAAGAAUAAUCCCCUUGUGGAUAUUCCUGAAGAAGCCUUUCUAGGUCUCGAGAGAUCAUUAUGGGAGCUCGACUUGUCCUAUAAUCAAUUCGUAAGCGUACCGAGCAAAUCAUUUAGACAUUUACAAAAGCUACGACUUCUUGAACUCACAGGCAAUAAAAUAUCCCGCAUUGCCCCGGAGAAUUGGCGUGGCUUAGAAAAUUCUUUACAAACUUUACGUCUGGGACGAAACGCGAUCGAGAAACUGCCGGCCGAUGCUUUUGUCGGUCUCACGUAUUUGGAGAUACUUGAUCUUCGAGAAAAUAGCCUGAAGGAGAUUGAUCCUUCGGUAUUCAGAGACGGCAUGACUCACCUAACGCAUCUUUAUCUGAAUGACAAUCAGCUGACAUACAUACCAUACGCCCAAUUGUCCUUAUUGAAACGCAUAAAGGUCCUCGAUCUCAGUUAUAAUAGCAUAUCAAAGAUGCUGGUGGCCCAACAGGAACCGGAGAUUAGAGGUAUACAGAUAUCCCUAGACGUGUUGCAGCUUGACUACAAUCAGAUUGAAACUCUCAUGUCCAGUGAUUUUCAACAUUUCUACAAGGUCAACCGCACAUAUCUUAGGGGCAAUCCUCUGAUGGUUAUCGAGGAGGGCACUUUCAGAGAUACGCGCAUUCGUGAGUUAUAUUUGAGCGACUGCGAUUUGUUAGAGAUCAACUCGGCCAACUUAAUCGGCUUGGAAUCGUCACUCGAAUUAUUGGACGUGUCAGGAAAUAAUAUAACCGCGCUUCCGGAUCGUCUACUCCAAGAGUUUGAUUUCUUACGUACGCUCGUCUUUCGCGAGAAUCGUAUCGACACAUUUUCGCCAACCGAAGUUUUUAACGGCUUCCAAUAUUCUUUGUAUAAUUUGGACCUCAGCGGUAAGCAGAAUAGCAUGAUUUCUCUCCAAGAUCUACAACAAAUGAGAAAUCUACGUUUCCUCUCUAUCUCCCGAAUGCCACAGGCAAUCUUAUCAACGAAUGAUUUCCUCGAAUUUGGUAUGGACCUCAAAGAACUACGGAUAAUCAACAGUAAUCUAAACACGAUUAAGGGUCACGCUUUCAUGCAUGUUCGCGGGAUCAAAUAUCUCGACUUUUCCGAGAAUUCGAUAGCGACAAUAGAUGAUGAGGCUUUCUCAGAGGUGGGCCAUUCUCUAUUGACUUUAAAGAUGUCUCACGGUCUCUCCUCUACAAUUUCUGAAAUACCAAGUCGAUCGUUGAAGUCAUUGACAAAUUUGCAGCAUCUUGAUUUCAGCAACAACAAAAUACGAUCCUUACCUGCUACAGCUUUUCAUUUUCUAAAGAGGAUAAAACGCAUUGAGCUUCAGGAUAACGAAAUCGACAAUAUACCAAAGGGUACCUUUCAGGGUGACAUUCAUUCAACGCUAGAAGAGGUCAAUUUCGCGUUUAAUCAAGUGAAGAGUCUGCAAACUCAUAUAUUUGUCGAUCUGUCGGCAUUAACGAUAAUCAAUAUGGAGGAUAAUACCAUCGAGAAAAUUGAAAGACGGGCCUUUAUGAAUAUGAACCGACUUAAGUACAUUAACUUGCGCGGCAACAAGAUUAAAGACAUCGCCGAUGAAGCCUUCCAGAAUUUACCAGAGCUUGAAUUUCUUGAUCUAGCAUAUAACAAACUUAAUAAAGUUGACUUCGCUUCGUUCGAUCAAGUAGGGACAUUAUCGUCAUUUAAAGUUAAUAUUAGCCACAAUAAAAUUUCAAGAUUAUGGGUAAAUAGCACCAUCCUCGCAUCUCCGUCUGUCGUUGGCGGCAAUGUGCAUUCAAACAUCAAAGUUCUGGAUUUGAGUUACAAUAAUAUAUCCGAUAUCACGAAGUAUUACUUUAAGCCGGUCGAGUACUCGCUCACUCAUCUGUAUCUAUCGAACAAUCGACUGAGAAACAUUACUCAGGGUACUUUCGGCAGCAUGCCUCACUUACAAUGGCUCGAUCUGAGACAUAACGAACUGAUAGAACCGGACUUUGAUUGCUUCAAAAAUAUAAAGGACCUGCAAGUAUUACUUUUCUCCUGGAACGAGCUCAUGGAUAUCCCGGCGGAGACUUUCCGACCUCUGAAGAAACUGCGCAUCGUGAAUUUGUCUCAUAACAAAUUGAGAACACUACCGCACAACAUGUUCACUGAUUCCAGCAUAGAGAGUCUUGAUCUUUCGCACAAUCAAUUUACAAGGCUGCCCAUCAAGAGUAUGUCAGUAACUUCUGUCACGAGAUUGACAAAUCUGGAUAUGUCUUGGAACAUUCUAUCGGGAAUUCAUACCACCGACGCGAUAUUUAGACUCAAAGAUCUUGUGUGGUUAGAUUUGUCGUAUAAUCGACUCGUCAGAUUAGACGACGGCGUAUUUUCCGAUCUACCAUAUCUUGCUCAUCUCGAUUUAAGUCACAACAAGCAACUCAUUUUAGAAAGUCGCGGGAGGACGUUUUACGGUUUAGAGGAUACACUUCUUUAUCUCAGUCUGAGCAACAUUUCUCUCUUGAGUGUUCCAGAAUUGCCUUUGCGACGAUUACAAACCUUAUAUUUGGCGCAUAACGAGCUGGCAUCGAUUCCUCCGGAAAUGUCGUCGAAUCUGACGUCUCUUCACUAUUUAGAUUUAAGUUUCAAUGAUUUGACUGUGGUGCCGUUGAUCACUCACACACUACCAGAAUUAAAGAUCUUCAACUUGGCAGACAAUCCCAUUUCUGCCAUUACAAAUACCAGUUUUCUCGGCGUGGCCGAUAGUCUUGAAGAGCUUGAUAUACGAAGGCUAAGCCUGUCAGUUUUCGAAGCGGGUGCACUCUGCAAAGCUACCAAGCUCCGCAAAUUGCACAUCACUGCAUACAAUGGUAUAAAAAACUUUAAUUUUCCCAACAUUCUGAAAUAUAAUCAUGGCUUGAAACAUUUGCUCAUUGAUGUUCAGAAUAACACCAAUUUAGAAAAGGAAAUGGUAGGAAAAUUACCCUAUAAGUUAUAUAAUAUUACGUUGACUGGUAGAACUUUAAAGAAUAUACAUGCAGAGAUAUUACACGGCAUACGAAAUCCUCAUCUUCAUUUUGGUUUAUACAAUACCAGUGUAGUGACAGUACCUCGAGAAAUGUUUAGAAAUGCGCAGCGUGUGCGCAAUAUAACUGUGGAGAUUCGCAGUAGCAAUACUCGAACAUUACAUAAUCCAUCAUCCAGUUACAAGCCAGGAGUAUCGGGCAAGCAAUUCCUUAUGAAGCUUCGAUUAGCGGGCAGUCAUCUUAAUUGCGAUUGUGAUAUCGGAUGGAUAGAAAUAUGGCAGAGGAAACACAGACAGUAUCAAGAGGAUCGAUGUAUCUCUUACGAUGAGUUUCAGAAUUUCGAGCGAAAAGAGGGUAACGAAUUUAGUUGUUGGGACAACGGCUGGGAUGACGAUCUCCGCGAAACGUUUUGUCUAAACAAAGACAACGUAUCGUUGUCGAACUCAUUAAAAACGGAGCUAGAAUGCGGAUGGAGCGCAACGAGUCAUACUAUUGAGCUGAACACUAUUGUUUUUCUCGUGUUCUCAAUAGUUUUAGCUGUUUAUUAAAAUCUCGUUCUCAGCUUCAUUGUUUUUUACUUAAUAUGUUCAAAUUUAUUUGCGAAUUUUGUUGAAUUUAUAUUUGUUGAAAUUAGUAUUAUAAAGAAAUGAUUAACAACUAGAUUAUUAUGCAUGCUCAUAACAUGUAUAAUGGAAGAUUAAAAUCGUAAUUAAACAUUUUCUAUAAGGA